AUGCUGCUCCCUGUCUUUUUUGGGAUGGUCUGGGCACUGGCUAAUGGGCGGUGGUGUGAAUGGACGGAGACGAUCCAUGUGGAAGAGGAAGUGGCUCCUCGCCAGGAGGACCUGGUACCUUGCACCAGUCUCUACCACUACAAUCGCCUCGGCUGGCGACUGGCCCGGCCCCGGAGCGGCCACACAGGACUCUGUCCCAUCUACAAGCCCCCGGAAACCCGGCCUACCACGUGGAACCGCACAGUGAGGGCAUGCUGCCCAGGCUGGGGUGGCACCCAGUGUACUGAGGCCACCACGGUCGUUGCCAAAGCCAGCAUUGUCAGCCACUGCUUUGCCACCUGGCAUUGCCAGCUGCAGGCAGGCUCAGCGAAUGCUUCAGCAGGCAGCCUGGAAGAGUGUUGUGCCCAGCCCUGGGGACACAGCUGGUGGAACGGCAGCUCCCAGACCUGCCUCAGCUGCUCCAGCCUGUACCUCCCAGGCAACACCUCCUCCCGUGCCCUCCUGCAGCCCCUGGCAGGGGCCGUGGGCCAACUCUGGAGCCAGCACCAGCGUCCCUCAGCCACCUGCAGCACCUGGUCAGGCUUCCACUUCCAUACCUUUGAUGGGCGCCACUACCACUUCCUGGGCCACUGCACGUAUCUGCUGGCAGGCAUGACUGAUUCCAGCUGGGCUGUCCACCUGAGACCUGGGGGCCACUGUCGCCAGCCUGGGCCUUGUCAGCUGGUCCGUGUGGCAAUGGGCCCCGAGGAGGUGCUGAUCCAGGGUGGCAGUGUCUCUGUGGAUGGGCAGGUUGUCCCCGAGGGGGAGUCUCGGCUGCUCCAUGGGUUGAGCCUGCAGUGGCAGGGGGACUGGCUGGUGCUGGCAGGAGGUCUGGGGGUCGUGGUGCGACUGGACAAGUCCAGCAUGGUCUCCAUCUCGGUGGACCACGAGCUCUGGGGACACACACAGGGCCUCUGUGGGCUCUACAACGGCCAGCCUGAAGAUGACUUUGUGGAGCCAGGCGGGGGACUGGCCCUGUUGGCGGCUACCUUCGGCAAUUCCUGGAAGCUCCCGGACUCCGAGCCUGGGUGUCUAGAUGCAGUGGAGGCAUCCCAGGGCUGUGAAGGCCCCCUGAGGGACGCGGAGGCAAGCGUGGACCCUGGGCAGCUGCAUGCUGAAGCCCAGGACUUGUGUCAUCCGUUGCUGGACAGUCCGUUCUGGCAGUGCCAUGUCCAGGUUCCCCCAGAUGAGUACCACGAAGCCUGCCUCUUUGCCUACUGCGCAGGGGCCGCGGAGGACAGCGAUCGCGAGGGGCGGCGGGAGGCUGUGUGUGCCACCUUCACUGCCUACGCCCAGGCCUGUGCAAAGCAGCGUGUUUAUGUACACUGGAGGCAGCCCGGCUUCUGUGAGCGCCUGUGCCCUGGAGGCCAGAUCUACUCGGACUGUGUCUCCUCGUGCCCGCGCAGCUGCUCAGCAGUGGGCGAGGCCGAGGAGGGGUCCUGCCGAGAAGAGUGUGUGAGCGGCUGUGAGUGCCCAGCCGGCCUCUUCUGGGAUGGUGCCCUCUGUGUGCCUGCUGCCCGCUGCCCCUGCUACCAUCGGCGCCAGCGCUAUGGCCCUGGUGAUACUGUGCGCCAGCUGUGUAACCUGUGUGUGUGCCAGGAUGGCCUCUGGCACUGUGCCCAGGCUCGGUGCCCUGCUGAGUGUGCAGUGGGCGGGGAUGGCCACUACCUCACCUUGGAUGGGCGGAGCUUCUCUUUCCAAGGUGGCCUGGGGUGCCACUACCACCUGGUGCACGACUAUGUGAAGGGGCGGAUGCUGGUGACGCUUGAGCACGGGGCCUGUGACUCGGGGAGCUGCCUUCACGCCCUGUCUGUCUCUCUGGGGGACCUCCGGGUCCAGCUCAGGGACUCAGGAGCUGUGCUGGUUGAUGGGCAAGAUGUGCCCUUGCCCUGGAUGGGUGCCCAGGGGCUCAGCGUCUCUCAUGCCUCCUCCACCUUCUUGCUGCUGCGCUGGCCCGGGGUUCAAAUCCUGUGGGGAGUAGGCGACCCGGCAGCCUACAUCACCCUGGACCCCCGCCUUGCCCAUCAGGUGCAGGGGCUGUGUGGCACCUUCACCUGGAACCAGCAGGAUGACUUCCUGACCCCUGCGGGGGAUGUGGAAACCAGCAUUGCUGCCUUCGUUAGCAAGUUCCAGGUGCCUGGCAAGGCAGGGUGCUCCCCAGGGGACACUGCCCUCCUUUCCCCCUGCAGCGUCCACUCCCAGCGUCAUGCUUUUGCGGAGGCGGCCUGUGCCAUCCUGCAAGGCCCACCCUUUCAGGAGUGCCACGGGCUAGUGGACAGGGAGUCAUUUCAGCUGCGCUGCUUGGCAGCCGUGUGUGGCUGUGCCCCUGGCAGGGACUGCCUGUGUCCGGUGCUUUCUGCCUAUGCGCGCCGCUGUGCCCAGGAGGGUGCCCCUGCUCUCUGGAGGAACCAAACCCUAUGCCCUGUACUGUGUCCUGCAGGCCAAGAGUACCAGGAGUGUGCCCCAACGUGUGGCUUGCACUGCGGCCAGCCAGCAGACUGUGGGGAGCUGGGGGGUUGCGUGGCUGGUUGUAACUGCCCCCCAGGGCUACUGUGGGACCCUGAGGGCCAGUGUGUGCCCCCCAGCCUGUGCUCCUGCCAGCUUGGAGCCCACCGCUAUGCACCUGGAAGUGUCACCACGAAGGACUGCAACUACUGCAUAUGCCAGGACAGGGGCAUCUGGAACUGCACAGCUCGUCACUGCCCCCCUCAGAGGGCCAUCUGUCCCCCAACGCUGGUCUAUGCUCCUGGUGCCUGCCUCCUCACAUGUGACAGCCCCAGCGCCAACCACUCCUGCCCUGUGGGCAGCUCGGCCAGCUGUGUGUGUCCCCCAGGCACUGUGCUGCUGGAUGACCGCUGCGUGCCUCCCGAUCUCUGUCCUUGCCGGCACAGUGGGCAGUGGUACCCACCCAAUGCCACCAUCCGGGAGGACUGCAAUGUUUGUGUGUGCCGGGGCCGGCAGUGGCACUGCACGGGGCAUCGGUGCAGUGGGCGGUGCCAGGCCUCUGGCGCCCCUCACUAUGUGACCUUCGAUGGACUGGCCCUCACCUUCCCCGGGGCCUGUGAGUACCUGCUGGUGAGAGAGGCCAGUGGCCGCUUCAGCAUCUCUGCCCAGAACCUGCCCUGUGGGACCAGUGGCCUCACCUGCACCAAGUCCCUGACUGUGCGGCUGGAGAGCAUCAUUGUGCACCUGCUCCGAGGCCGGGCAGUGACGGUGAAUGGGGUGAACGUAACACCCCCCAAGACCUACACAGGUCCUGGGCUGAGCCUGCGCCGGGCCGGCCUCUUCCUGCUGCUGUCAGCCCGUCUGGGCCUUACCCUGCUCUGGGAUGGAGGCACCCGGGUCCUGGUGCAGCUGUCUCCCCAGUUCCGAGGGCGCGUGUCCGGAUUGUGCGGAGACUUUGAUGGGGAUGCCGGUAAUGACCUGCGGAGCCGCCAGGGAGUGCUGGAACCCACAGCUGAGCUGGCCGCCCACUCCUGGCGCCUCAGUCCCCUGUGUCCCGAACCAGGAGAGAUCCCACACCCCUGCACGGUGAAUGCCCACCGUGCCGCCUGGGCUGAGGCCCGCUGCGGGGUGCUGCUGCAGCAGCUUUUCGCCCCCUGCCAUUCGGAGGUGGCACCACAGCAGUACUAUGAGUGGUGUGUUUACGACGCCUGCGGCUGUGAUUCUGGAGGCGAUUGCGAAUGCCUCUGUUCCGCAAUUGCCACUUACGCAGACGAAUGUGCGCGGCGCGGCCACCACGUGCGCUGGCGCAGUCAGGAGCUGUGUGCGCUACAAUGUGAAGGUGGACAGGUGUAUGAAGCCUGUGGCCCCACAUGUCCCGCAACCUGCCAUGGUCACCAGCCCAAGUCUGAGUGGCAGUGCCAGGCAGUCACCUGCGUGGAGGGCUGCUUCUGUCCAGAGGGGACCCUGCUGCAUGGAGGAAGCUGCGUGGAGCCAGCUGCCUGUCCCUGUGAGUGGGGCGACAGCUCCUUCCCUCCAGGGACCGUGCUGCAGAAGGACUGUGGGAAUUGCACCUGCCAGGAGAGCCAGUGGCACUGUGGAGGUGACGGUGCCCGCUGUGAGGAGCCGAUGCCUGGCUGUGCAGAGGGUGAGGCUCCGUGCCGGGACAGUGGGCACUGUGUGCCCUAUGAAUGGCUUUGUGACAACCAGGACGACUGCGGUGAUGGGUCUGAUGAGGAGGGCUGUGCCACCCCAGGCUGUACCGAGGGCCAGGUGACCUGUAGCUCUGGCCACUGCCUGCCCCUGACCUUGCUCUGCGACGGGCAGGAUGACUGUGGAGAUGGCACAGACGAGCGAGGUUGCCCAUGUCCCCCAGACUCACUGGCCUGUGCUGAUGGGCGCUGCUUGCCCCCCAUGCUGCUCUGUGAUGGGCACCCUGACUGCCCGGAUGCCGCUGAUGAAGAGUCAUGUCUAGGGCAAGGGGACUGCCUGCCCGGAGAGGUGUCCUGUGCCGAUGGCAUCUGCGUGCCAACCUUCCAGCUGUGUGAUGGAGUCUGGGACUGCUCGGAUGGAGCUGAUGAGGGGCCUGGGCACUGCCCCCUGCCCUCCCUGCCCAUACCCCUUCCUGGCACCUUGUCUGGCCCCUCCACUUUGGCCACUAUGUUAAGUCCCUUGGCCAGCAGCAGCCCUGCACCACCUUGCGGCCCCUGGGAGUUCCCGUGCAGCAGCGGCGAGUGCACCCCACGGGGCUGGCGCUGCGACCAGGAAGAGGACUGCGCUGAUGGCAGCGACGAGCUGGACUGCGGCCGGCCCUGCGCGCCACAGCACGUGCCAUGUACCCACGGCUUUCACUGCGUGGCCCUGGGGCAGCUGUGCGACGGCGUGCCGCAGUGUCCCGAUGGCUCGGAUGAGGGCCCUGCAGCCUGCGCGGCACUGCCAGCCCUUGGAGGCCCCAACAGGACAGGGGUCCCCUGCCCAGAAUAUGCCUGUCCUAAUGGCUCCUGCAUUGGUUUCCAGCUGGUGUGUGAUGGGCAGCCUGACUGUGCCUCGCCAGAAGAAGCGGGGCUCUCUCCAGAAGAGCAAGGAUGUGGGGCCUGGAGUCCCUGGGGCCCCUGGGGGCCAUGCAGUGAGACCUGUGGGCCUGGAGUGCAGGACCGAAGCCGCCACUGCUCCCUGCCCGGGGUCCCCGUGUUGCAGCAUUGCCCAGGCCCUGAGCACCAGUCUCAGGCCUGCUUCACUGUGGCCUGCCCAGUGGACGGCAAAUGGAGCUCCUGGUCCCCCUGGUCUGUGUGCUCUGCCCCAUGCCGAGGCACUGUGACACGGCAGCGGCAGUGCCACCCACCCCAGAAUGGAGGUCAGCCCUGUGCUCUGCUCCCCGGGGACCCACACAGCACCCGCCAGACCAAGCCCUGCUCCCAGGAGGGCUGCCCCAAUGCCACCUGCUCCGGGGAGCUGGUGUUCUGGCCCUGUGCCCCCUGCCCUCUGACCUGCGAUGACCUCUCCGGCCAGGCCAAAUGCCCACCUGACCCAUCCUGCAGCAGCCCAGGCUGCUGGUGCCCAAAAGGGCAGGUGAUGGACCCUGAAGGACAAUGCAUGUGGCCGUGGCAGUGCCCCUGCCUAGUGGAUGGUGCCCUCUACUGGCCUGGGCAGCGCAUCAAGGCCAACUGCCAACUCUGUGUGUGCCAGGAUGGGAGGCCCCAACGCUGCCGGCCCAACCCGAACUGUGCAGUGAACUGUGGCUGGUCAUCCUGGUCCCACUGGGCUGAGUGCCUGGGUCCCUGUGGGAGCCAGAGCAUCCAGUGGUCCUUUCGAAGCUCCACCAACCCCCGCCCCUCAGGUCGGGGUCAGCAGUGCCGUGGCAUCCACCGCAAGGCCCGCAGGUGCCAGACAGAGCCCUGUGAGGGCUGUGAGCAGAGGGGCCAGGUCCACCGUGUCGGGGAGCGCUGGCGCGGGGGCCCCUGCCUGGUGUGCCAAUGUCUGCACAACCGGACCACACACUGCUCCACGUACUGCCCGCUGGGCAGCUGCCCUGAGGGCUGGGUCCUGGUGGAAGGCAUGGGAGAAUUGUGCUGCCACUGUGCCCUGCCUGGGCAGAACCACACACUGUCCCCCAUGGCCACUCCUGUACCAGCUCCAGCGCCCAGUGCCCAGAUCGGAGCCCCUCUGACCACCUAUGCUCUGCCUUCACCAGGCGAUCCCUGCUAUCUGCCCCUGCACUUGGCCCCAGCACCCAAGGCAAGCUUGCACACAUCGCCCCAACCAUCAGAGCACCCACCCUGGGCUGCCCUCCUGAGUGUUCCCACCAAGGGCCCCAGCACUCAGGGGCAGAGCCAUGAAGAGGAUACGUCCAGUGAGUGGCUCACUCGGCCGCCCUACUUGCAGCUGGACCUGCUGCAGCCCCGAAACCUCACUGGCAUCAUCAUACCGGGGGCUGGGCCCUCCAAUGCUGCUGCCUCCAGCUUCUCACUCCAGCUGAGCAGCGAUGGUCUACACUGGCAUGCUUACCGUGACAUCCUGCCGGGCACCCUGCCCUCGCCCAAGCUUCUCCCUAGGGGUUGGGGCAAUGAGGCCCCCGAGGUGUGGACAUUUGGCCGGAUGGUGCAGGCGAGGUCCAUCCGAGUGUGGCCCCACCAUGUGCCCCACAGCACAAUCUGGCGCAGCAACUUCCUGCGGGCUGAGCUGCUGGGCUGUGAGCCAGGUAUGGGCCGUGCUCCUGUGUGCAGGGCCCCCACCCUGCUGUGUGAGGAGUGUGUCCUAGUGGGAGGUCUGUGUGAUGAUGUUGCAGACUGCACAGACAGCUCUGAUGAGGAAGGCUGUAGGUCCCUGCCAGCGGACCCUGGAAGAGUCCAUUCUACAGCCAAGACCCCAAGUCUUGCCACCCAGCAGGAACAACAGCCAUUUCAGCUGCAGCCCGAGGAGGGGCUGGCAGAACCGGACCGCUGGCAUCUCCAGCAGGGGUCGCUCGUGACCCCCACAGAGGCCACAGUGAGCUCCGUCCCAGCCUCCAAAGCUGCUCAUCCCAGUUCUAAGGAGUCCAUGCCAGUGGGGACCACCACCGCCACACCCCAGACCAAGGCCAAGACCCCACGACCUGUGAUGGCUGCCGUGUCUGCGCUUUCUCAGCACCCAGCACCUCCCAGGACCCCAGCUGGCCAGAGCAGGGAGCCAGCCCCCUUCCCGCCCACACGGUGUGGUCCCAGCCAGAUGUCCUGUGCCAUCCUGGGCUGUGUGGAGCAGGAGCAGCUGUGUGAUGGGAGGGAGGACUGCCUGGACGGCUCUGAUGAGAGGCACUGUGCAAGCCCCCCACCCUUCACAGUGCCCACCAGGGCCCUACCAGGCCUGCCAGCCUCGCAUGCCCUCUGCUCCCCGAGCCAGCUGAGCUGUGGCAGUGGAGAGUGCCUGCCCCUGUGGCGGCGGUGUGACCUCCAGCCCGACUGCCAGGAUGGCUCUGAUGAAGACGGCUGUGUGGACUGUGUGCUAGCUCCCUGGUCCAGCUGGAGCAGCUGCAGCCACAGCUGUGGCCUGGGCCUCACUUUCCAGCGCCGGGAGCUGCUGCGGCCUCCGCUGUCUGGGGGCGGCUGUCCACUGAACCAGCUCCGCAGCCAGUCCUGCUUUGUGCAGGCCUGCCCAGUGGACGGCACAUGGACUGAGUGGGAGGCCUGGGGACCCUGCAGCGUGUCCUGUGGGGGUGGCCACCAGAUUCGCUGGAGAAGCUGUGUGGAUCCCCCGCCCAAGAAUGGCGGUGCCCCCUGCCUGGGGGCCUCCCAGGAAAGGGUGCCCUGCAGCUUGCAACCCUGCAUGGGUGGCACAGACUGUGGGCCAGGCCGUGUGUAUGUGAGUGCCGACCAAUGCCAGCAGGGCCUGGUGCCCCCGUGUCCCCCAUCCUGCCUGGAUCCCGAGGCCAACAACAACUGCAGUGGGCACUGUGUGGAGGGUUGCCGCUGCCCUCCUGGGCUCCUCCUCCUGGACAGCCGCUGCCUGCCUCUGUCUGAGUGCCCUUGCCUCGUGGGCGAGGAACUGAGGCCGUCGGGGGUGUCCUUUGUCCUGGACAACUGCAGCCACUGCGUAUGUGAGAAGGGGGCACUUCUGUGCGAACCAGGGGGCUGUCCCCAGUCAUGUGGCUGGUCAGCCUGGUCUUCAUGGGCUCCCUGUGACCGCUCCUGUGGCUCUGGAGUGAGGGUCAGGUUCAGGUCACCCUCCAACCCUCCUGCAGCUCACGGGGGUGCCCCUUGUGAAGGUGACACGCAGGAACUACAGGCUUGCCAUGCCGAGUGUGGGGCAGAGGCACCGGGUUGGGCUCCCUGGACACCCUGGACCUCCUGCUCCCAGAGCUGCCUGACCCCUGGAGGGGACCCAGGCUUGCGCAGCCGUUUCCGGCUCUGUCCCAGCCAUGAAGCCGGGACCUGCCUGGGAGAGGCCACCCAGGAGGAACCCUGCAGCCCCCCUGUGUGCCCAGCACCCAGUGGUUGGGGUCUGUGGGCUGCCUGGACUGCCUGUUCGGCCCCCUGCAAUGGAGGGAUCCAGACCCGUGGGCGGAACUGCUCUAGCUCAGCUCCCGGGGACCCAGCCUGCCAGGGUCCCCACAGUCAGACCAGGGACUGCCACACGCAACCCUGCACAGGCCAGUGCCCGGAGGGCAUGGUGUUCCAUUCGGAGGAGCAGUGUCUCCAGGAGGGUGGGCCGUGCUCUCAUCUCUGCCUGGCGCAGGGCACUGGAGUGGAGUGCACGGGUUCCUGUGGCCCUGGCUGCGCCUGCCCCCCUGGCCUCUUCCUGCACAAUGCCAGUUGCCUGCCCCGCAGCCAAUGCCCCUGCCAGCUGCACGGCCGACUCUACCCACCGGGGACAGUGGCCCGCCUGGACCGCUGCAACAACUGCACCUGCCUCUCCGGCGAGAUGGCGUGCACCUCGGAGCUCUGCCCAGUGGACUGUGGCUGGAGUCCGUGGACACCGUGGGGUCAGUGCAGCCAGAGCUGCAAUGUAGGCAUCCGACGGCGCUUCCGGGCGGCCACUGCACCCCCUGCUGCCUUUGGGGGUGCUGAAUGCCAGGGCCCCAACAUGGAGGCUGAAUUCUGCAGCCUGCGCCCGUGUCAAGGUCCUGGUGGGGAAUGGGGCCCUUGGGCUCCGUGCUCCGUGCCCUGUGGAGGUGGCUACAGGAAUCGCACCCAAGGCAGUGGCCCACACAGCCCUAUGGAGUUCUCCACCUGUGGUCUGCAGCCUUGUGCAGGACCAGCAGCCGGCGUGUGUCCCAAGGGUCAGCAGUGGCUGGAGUGUGCCCCAGGCCCUGCCUCCUGUGCAGAGCUCAGCACCCCACGAGACACCAACCAGACCUGCCAACCCGGCUGCUACUGCCCCCCAGGGAUGCUCCUGCUGAACAACAUGUGUGUGCCCACCCGGGACUGCCCCUGUGCCCACGGUGGGCGCCUACAUCCACCUGGCAGUGUUGUGCUACAACCCUGCGAAAACUGCUCCUGUGUAGCUGGGCUCAUCGCCAACUGUAGCUCCCGGCCCUGCGAGCAUGGUCAGCCCAGCUGGUCAGCCUGGACUCCAUGGAGUAUGUGCUCUGCCACCUGUGGCCCUGCCCACCGCCAUCGGCACCGCUUCUGUGCCUGGCCCCCCACCGUGGCACCGCCCAGCCUGGCUCCGCUGUCCCCACCAGCCACACUCUCGCCUCUCUGCCCAGGCCGUGAGGCUGAGGGAGAGCCGUGCCUCCUGCCCGCCUGUGACCGAGCCGGGGGCUGGGGACUGUGGGGACCCUGGUCCACCUGUAGUCGGAGCUGUGGGGGAGGCCUGCGCAGCCGCAUCCGGGCCUGUGACCAGCCUCCACCCCAGGGCCUCGGGGAUUACUGCGAGGGGCCUCAGGCCCAGGGAGAAGCCUGCCAGGCCUGGCCAUGCCCAGUGACCAACUGUACCGCCAUAGAAGGGGCAACGUACAGUGCCUGCGGCCCUCCCUGCCCACGCUCCUGUGAUGACCUCGUGCACUGUGUGUGGCGCUGCCAGCCCGGCUGCUACUGCCCACCAGGCCAGGUGCUGAGUGCUGACGGGGUAGUCUGUGUGCGUCCGGAUCACUGCAGCUGCCUGGACUUGCUGACUGGGGAGUGGCAUCGGCCGGGCACUCAGCUGCUGCGGCCUGAUGGCUGCAACCACUGCACCUGCCUGGAGGGGAAGUUGAACUGCACAGACCUGCCCUGCCCAGUGUCUGGAGCCUGGUGUGAAUGGUCGGAAUGGACAGUGUGCUCCCAGCCAUGCAGUGGCCAGAUGCGGACCCGCUCCAGAGUCUGCGCCUGCCCCACGCCUCGACAUGGGGGUGCCCCAUGCUCUGAGGAAAGUGCCCAGCAUCAGAAGGAGGCCUGUCCCAGCCCUGCCACAUGCCCAGUGGAUGCAGCCUGGAGCCCGUGGGAGCUGUGGGCUCCCUGCGAUGUGUGUCUGGGGCAGUCCCAGCGGAGCCGUACCUGCAGCCAGCCCCCCACCUCUGAUGGAGGCAGGCCCUGCAUGGGGGCCCACGUGCAGAGCCGCCCUUGUCAGGAUAAUGCCACGCAGUGCACAGACUGUGGUGCUGGCCUGGCUCUGCUCACCUGUGGCUGGCCCUGUCCCCGCUCCUGCCAGGACCUGUCCCCUGGGAGCAUGUGUCAGGCAGGCUCAACCAGCUGCCAGUCCAGCUGCGGGUGUCCCCCAGGCCAGCUGUUCCAGGACGGACUCUGUGUGCACCCAGCCCUCUGCCGCUGCCAGUACCAACCAAGAGCCAUGGGGAUCCCUGAGAACCAGAGUCGGGCGACAGGAUCUGGGCUCAGCUCCUGGGAGAGCCUGGAGCCUGGCGAGGUGCUGACAGGACCAUGUGACAACUGCACCUGUGUGGCAGGAGUUCUGCAGUGCCAGGAGAUGCCUGGCUGCCCUGGCCCAGGAAUAUGGGACACCUGGGGCCCCUGGGAGGACUGCAGUGUCUCCUGUGGGGGAGGGGAGCAGCUGCGCUCCCGGCGCUGUGCCCGGCCUCCCUGCCCAGGGAAUGCCCGGCAGAGUCGCACCUGCCACACUCAAGUGUGCAGAGGCUGCCCAGCUGGCCGCCUGUACCGCGAGUGCCAGCCUGGUGAGGGCUGCCCCUUCUCCUGUGCCCACGUCACGGGGCAGGUGGACUGCUUUUCCGAAGGCUGCGACGAGGGCUGCCACUGCCCCCAGGGAACCUUCCAGCAUCAGCUGGCCUGCUUGCAGGAGUGCCCCUGUGUGCUGACAGCUGCGUUACUGCAAGACCUGGGAGCUGCCAGCACUCAGCCUAGUGUCCACCUGGGACAGGUGGCUCAGCCCCUUCAGCCUGGGGAUGAACUGGACUCGGGCCAGACGCUUCAUUUGGGCUGCAGCAACUGCUCCUGCACACAUGGGAAGCUGGCCUGCUCUGUGGAGGACUGUCCUGCCGCCAGUGGUGGCUUUGGUCCCUGGAGCCCUUGGGGUCCGUGUUCUCGCUCCUGUGGUGGGCUGGGCACGCGAAGCCGCAGCCGCCAGUGUGUGCACCCCCUGCUGGCUGCUGUGGGCCAGGGCUGCCUAGGGCGCCACCAGGAUCUGGAGUAUUGCCUCAGCCCAGCCUGCCCUGGGGCUGAAGAAUCCACAGUGGAACCGGUGACAGGCCUUGCAGGUGGCUGGGGCCCUUGGUCUCCGUGGUCGCCAUGCUCCGGCACCUGCACAGACCCCGCUCAGCCUGCAUGGCGCAGCCGUAGCCGUCCCUGUCUGUCCAACUGCACUGUGGGGGACCCCAUGCAGGAGCGUCCCUGCAAUCUACCUUCAUGCACAGAGCUGCUGCCCCUGUGCCCCGGCCCUGGCUGUGCACCUGGAAACUGCUCCUGGACAGCCUGGGGCCCCUGGGCGCCUUGUUCGCGCAGCUGUGGGGUGGGCCAGCAGCGCCGCCUUCGGGCAUACCACCCCCCUGGGCCUGGCGGGCACUGGUGCCCCAACAUCCUUACCGCUUACCAGGAGCGCCGCUUCUGCAACCUGCGGGCAUGCCCAGUGCCUGGGGGCUGGUCGCGCUGGAGCCCAUGGUCCUGGUGCGACCGGAGCUGUGGGGGAGGCCGAUCCCUGAGGAGCCGCAGUUGCUCAAGCCCCCCACCCAAGAACGGAGGUGCCCCCUGUGCUGGGGAAAGACAUCACGUCCGGCUCUGCAACCCCAUGCCCUGUGAGGAGGGCUGCCCAGCAGGCAUGGAGAUGGUCAGCUGUGCUGACCGCUGCCCCCGUCGCUGCUCGGACCUCCAGGAAGGGGUUGUGUGCCAGGAAGGUCAGGUGUGCCAGCCAGGCUGUCGCUGCUCUGAGGGGUCCCUGGAGCAGGAUGGCAGCUGCGUGCCCAUCAGCCACUGUGAGUGCACAGAUUCCCAGGGGCACAGCUGGGCCCCCAGAAGCCAGCACCAGGAAGCCUGCAACAACUGCUCCUGCCAGGCCGGGCACCUCUCCUGCACGACACAGUCCUGCCCGCCUCCCGCCCACUGCAGCUGGAGCCACUGGUCAGCCUGGAGUCUCUGCAGCCACUCGUGCGGGCCCCAUGGGCAGCAGAGCCGCUUCCGGUCCUCCAUGUCUGGCUCCUGGGCCCCGGAGUGUCAGCAGGAGCAGGUGCAGAGCCAACCCUGUCCCCAGCCCGCGUGCCCACCCCUGUGCCUGCAUGAUACCCGCCCUCAUACCUUGGGUGACAGCUGGCUGCAGGGCAAGUGCCAGAAGUGCUCCUGCACCCCAGAGGGCAUCAUCUGCCAAGACAUGGAAGAAUGUGCAGUGUCUGGAGCCUGGACGCCAUGGACCCCCUGGUCCAACUGUCCCGUCUCCUGUGGAGGUGCAGACCAAGUCCGCAGUCGAUCUUGCACAGCCCCUACCCCCGGUCCUCACGGAGCACCCUGCAGUGGCCCUAGCACCCAGACCCAGCGCUGUGGGCAGCAGCCUUGCCAGGGGCUUCUAAAAGUCUGUUCCUGGGGCCCAUGGGGGCCCUGUUCCCAGAGCUGUGGUCCAGGCCUGGCCACCCGUUUUGGGUCGUGCCCCUGCAUGCUGGCUGAGGUGGACCCCAACUGCACAGAUACCUUCACACACCUGGACACUCAGGCCUGCUACCUGGAGCCCUGCCUGGAGGAGUGCGUGUGGAGCAGCUGGAGCAGCUGGACACGCUGCUCGUGCCAGGUGCCUAUGCAGCAGCGCUACCGACAGCAGAGCCCCACUCCUGGAGGUGCCAGGGCAGGGACCCCCUGCACUCGUCUGGAUGGCCACUUCCGGCCUUGUGUCACCAGCAACUGCUCAGAGGACAGCUGCAUACCUCCCUUUGAGUUCCAGGCCUGUGGCUCCCCAUGUGCGGGACUCUGCACCACACACCUGAGCCGUCACCUGUGCCAGGACUUGCCACCCUGCCAGCCUGGCUGCUACUGCCCUAAGGGGCUGCUGGAACAAGAUGGGGGCUGCAUCCCCCCAGAGCAGUGUAACUGCUGGCACCCCUCAGGAGGGGAAGCCGGAGUCAUCCUGGCCCCUGGGGACCACCUGCAACUGGGCUGUAAAGAGUGUGAAUGCCAGGGAGGAGAGCUACAUUGCAGCAGCCAGGGAUGUCAAGGUCUUCUGCCUCUGAGCGGCUGGUCAGAGUGGUCGCCCUGUGGGCCCUGCCUGCCCUCCAGCAGCCUGGCUGCCACUUCCAGGACUGCUCUGGAGGGGCGCUGGUCCUUGGAUGCAGCCAGUCUCUCCCCAGCCUCGGGCGGCCCCAUGUUGGCUUCAGAGCAGCAUCGCCACCGCCUCUGUCUGGAUCCCGAAACGGGGAGGCCCUGGACUGGGGACCCCGACCUCUGCACCUCACCCCUCAACCAGCACCGCCUCUGCCCUGACCCUGCAGUCUGCCAUGAUCCAUGCCAGUGGGGCCUUUGGGGGCCCUGGAGUGCUUGCCAGGUACCCUGCAGUGGGGGGUUCCGGCUGCGCUGGAGACAGGCAGGGGGCUCCCCUGCAGAAGGCUGUCGCGGGCCGUGGGCUCAGACCGAGAGCUGCAACCUGGGGUCCUGUCCAGGGGAGAGCUGUGAGGCCCACAACACUGUGCUCACCCCUCACUGUGCCAACCGAUGUCCUCGCAGCUGUGCUGACCUCUGGGACCGCGUGCAGUGUCUGCAGGGACCUUGCCUCCCAGGCUGCCGCUGUCCCCCCGGUCAGCUGGUGCAGGACGGGCACUGUGUGCCCAUCUCCUCUUGCCGCUGUGGCUUCCCCAGUGCCAAUGCCUCGAGGGAGCUGGCCCCAGCCGAGGUGGUGCAGCUGGACUGCCAAAACUGCACCUGUGUCAAUGGGUCCCUGAACUGCGCACACCAACAGUGUCCAGUGUUGGGGCCAUGGUCAGCCUGGAGCACCUGCUCAGCUCCCUGUGGUGGGGGCACAAGGAAGCGCCAUCGGAGCUGCCAGGGGCAUCCUGGAGGGACACCAUGCCAGGAGCAGGACACGGAGCAAUGGCAGGCAUGUGGUCUGCAGCCCUGUCCCGAGUGCCCCCCUGGCCGGGUGCUCAGCUCCUGUGCCACCUCGUGUCCACACCUCUGCUCCCACCUACAGCCUGGUGCUGUCUGUGUGCAGGAACCCUGCCAGCUUGGCUGUGGCUGCCCAAGUGGGCAGGUGCUGCACAAUGGCACGUGCGUGCCCCCUGCUGCCUGCCCGUGUGCCCAGCUCACUCUGCCCUGGGGACUCACCCUGACCUAUGAAGAGCAGGCCCAGGAGCUGCCCCCAGGGACUGUGCUUACCCAGAACUGCACCCGCUGUGUCUGCCAAGGCGGAGCCUUCAGCUGCUCCCCCGUCGACUGUCAGGAGUGCCCCACUGGGGAAAUGUGGCAGCAGGUGGCCACCGGGGAGCUGGGACCCUGUGAGCAGACAUGCCAGGAGACAAACGCCACAGAGACUUCUAACAACUGCAGUGCCAAGCAGGCCUCUGGCUGUGUGUGCCAACGAGGAUACUUCCGCAGCCUGGCGGGCCCCUGUGUCCCUGCAGACCACUGCGAGUGCUGGCACCAUGGGCGUCCCCACCAGCCCGGAUCCGAAUGGCAGGAGGCCUGUGCGAGCUGCCGGUGCCAAGGCGGCAAGACUGUCUGCACCCAGCACUGCCCCCACCUCACCUGUGCUCAGGGCGAGGUGGAGGCGCAGGAGCCUGGGAGCUGUUGUCCCAAGUGUCGCCUGCAGACCCUGGAGGAGAGUUCUAGGUCUUGCCGGCUCUUCACUGAGCUUCGCAACCUCAGCAAGGGCCCCUGCCAGCUCGACCAGGUAGAAGUGAGCUACUGCAGUGGGCACUGCCCAUCCAGCACCAACGUCAUGCCUGAGGAGCCCUACCUGCAAAGCCAGUGUGACUGCUGUAGCUACCGCUUGCACCCGGAGAACCCGGUGCGGAUCCUGAACCUGCGCUGUCCCGGUGGCCGCUGGGAGCCAGCGGUGCUGCCAAUCAUUCACAGCUGUCAGUGCAGCGCCUGUCAGGGAGGUGACUUCUCCAAGCACUGA